GACAACUUGAAAGUGACUCCCAUUCAGUCGAACUAGUUUUAGCAACAAGUGAGCCUCGAGUGUGACCCAAGUGUGCCAAGUAUUAGCAUUAAGGCAGGAACUACCAGUUUAUUUUCGCGAAGAAUGGCUAGCAUCGAUACCACAAUACUAGCGUUCGAAGAGAAGCCGCUUCAUACACCAUCCCUAGAAGAAAUUCGCAAUGUGCUUGCUACCAGUUUAACUUCCAACUUCGGGCAUGUGAACGUGGAAGUGGUGGACUGCCCAAACUUGAUGGAGGAACCAUUCCAUCUGGCUGGACGAGGUCUCAACGGAAGUCCGACACUGGUAGAACUUGGCGGUCCACCGUAUCUGCUUCCUAACGUAGACUACACCAAGCUGUACGAUUUGGUGUCGAUAUCGCAGCGAGCGUUGAAUGAUACGAAGACAGAAUUUCUCGCAAUCGGGGCUGGGGCUGGGCCCUAUCCACUAGUAAACUCCAACUGUGAAGGCAUGUUCAAUCUCAAAGUGCAAGCCAAUGGGCAUGUAAUCAGUGAGAGUCAUUUGGCGCGGGUAACGCCUGAUCGCAAGAAACCUAUUCUGGAGAAAAUUCCAAGCAAUGAAACCCGGUGCGCACUGUUGGGAAAUAUCUUUCUCUCGGAGGGUAAGCCAGGAAAAGUACUGAAGGUUAGCUGCAAGAAACGCACAGGACCAAAAGAUUUCAUUGCAAGCAUCCGGACAGCGCUCGAGCAACAUUACACCAAUCGCACAGUCGGAUUGGGAGGCGUAUUUCUGCUCAAGAACGGUAAAGCCAAACAACACGUGAUGUCGCCCUUUUCGGAAACCCCAAUUCACACAGAAGACGAACUAAAUAGUUGGCUUAACUUUUUUGACAUGUCCGCAAAACUGAUAGCCGUUGGCACUUUAGUAACGAAUGAGUGUGAUCUUGAUUUGCGGUUGCAACAUUUCCACAGUUUCUCGCGGCACGGAGAAGGAGGCCAUUAUCACAUUGAUACCACACCGGAUGUGGUUGAAUACGAGGGUUAUUUUAAUGUUGGCGAAAAAAUCGUGCGUGUCGAUAAGCCGAUCAAUACGCACAAAUUUGGAAGGGAUUGAUAUUUCAUUUUCUUGAUGAAUAAAAUAACGACAUUUGUUUUUUACUGUUCGACAAAAA